UAAUCCUUCCGACAACUACUUUAAUUAUUCUUUGUUCCGACCUCAGUGAAGCUAACAUGGCAGCGGAGGGAGACGUCGACUUGGACCUCGAAGCCGAGGAAAACUGCACUGGAAAGCCGGUUGAAAAGCCUCGGAAACAUGACAGCGGAGCUGCGGAUUUGGAGAGAGUCACGGACUACGCGGAGGAGAAGGAAAUCUCCAGCUCUGAUUUAGAAACGGCCAUGUCUGUGAUCGGAGACCGAAGGUCACGAGAACAGAAAGCCAAACAGGAGAGAGAGAAGGAGCUGGCGAAGGUCACCAUUAAGAAAGAAGAUGUGGAGCUGAUUAUGUGUGAAAUGGAAAUCUCGCGCACCGUGGCAGAGCGCAGCCUGAGGGAACACAUGGGGAACGUGGUGGAGGCUCUGGUGGCUCUGACCAACUGAACACACAUUAACACACCGGACUGUUUUCCUCAAUGAGCAGUUUUAACUGUUGUUUCAAUCAACUCCAUCGUUUUUGUAUUUUAGUUUUAAAUAAAGGUUUGUUGUUUA